AACUGUGCGGGGACUAGCGGGAAGAACAGGAUUGGGCUCUCCAGAUCAGGCCACCUCGAAUUCCGAGCUGAGGCUGGUCUGCCCGAAAAAAAGCUCGUCCGUGCAUGACUUCACGCCUUCCCACACCAACGCUUCGCUGAAGGAGCUCCAGGCCGCCAGCCGCGCUGAUAACUCAAUUGGACCCAUCUCCCCUCCGAAGCUCUCGCCGAGUCCGGUCCCGAACGACGAGCUUUGCUUUCGCCCACCAAAAUGUCGCCCAUCCUCCGCAACGCCGUUGUGCGCGCCUCCCGGCAGUCGGCAACGGCGGCCCUCGGCCGCCGCGCCGCCUCUACGCACGCCAUCUCGAACCCGACGCUGGCCAACAUCGAGAAGAGAUGGGAGGGUAUGCCGAUGCAGGAGCAGGCCGAGCUUUGGAUGGCGCUGCGCGACCGGAUGAAGGAGAGCUGGACUGAGCUUACCCUUCAGGAGAAGAAGGCCGCCUACUGGAUUGCGUUCGGUCCCCACGGCCCCCGUGCGCUCCCUCCCCCGGGCGAGAAUAAGAAGGUCGCUCUCUACACUGCCAUCGGCGUCGGCAUCAGCUUCAUCAUCUUCGCUACCCUGCGGUCGUUCGCCAAGCCGGCGCCGCGCACCAUGACCAAGGAAUGGCAGGAGGCGACGAACGAGUACCUGAAGAGCCAAAAGUCGGACCCGUUGACCGGUAUCUCGUCAGAGGGCUACUCGGGCAAGGGCCAUGUGCAGUCCCCGCCGGCGAAGCGAUAAACCCGAUACGAUUCCUUUUGUCGAUAGAUGCGACUGCUCGCGCCGCGGCUGCGCUCCUGCAAGGCAAGCCUGGAGCAAGACGUCAGGGGUGUCGGAGCAUUGGGGGCUUACAGGGGCUGCUGAUAUUGGAUGGUGUAAAUACUGUACAACGCUGACAAUGCGACUUGUUUCCUUGCCAAUCUGUGAUUCAGACUCGGACCAGGUUGUACUUGCAUCAUUGUCGUCCCUCGUCCCCAGUGGCCUCGCGGGGUGGACUUGGUUGUACAGUACUCGGCCCAACGGAAACGAGCACUGCCGGUCCGGCAAUACACAGCACGCUCCUCAACGAAGGGACAA